UUUCGCUCUAACUGGGUGGUUGACCCUACUACCGGUACAUACACUAGCAACCUUCCCACACCAACUGGCAUUGCAUCAGACCCGGCAUUGGCAGCUCAUGGCGUCAACCAAUCAAAGGAACUGGCCGAACACAUCUCAAAGCUGGAUCCUCCUGUCGAUGUCAUCUACAGCUCUCCUUUCUACCGCUGCUUGCAAACUCUGGCACCCACUGUGAGCAAGCUCAACUCUGACCGUCCUCAAGACAAGAAGCUGCAAGUGCACGUUGAGAACGGCGUCGGCGAGUUCUACGGCCUUGCCCGCUUCGACCACCCAUCACCCGCCACUCUUGAUGUCCUUCUCAAGCACUUUCCUGGCGACCUUGUCGAGGCUCACAUCCCUGUCAUUCGCCCUAGCGUCAACGGUGAGAGCUUGACCUCCCUUCACGACCGCAUCGCAUACGCCCUCUAUCACGUCAUCCAGCAGCUCGAUCAGGACCCUUCUGGACCCAAGACACUACUCAUCUGCACACAUGCCGCCAGCAUGAUCUGUAUUGGUCGUGCUCUGACUGGACGCAUGCCUGAAGACCCCAGUGAAGAGNNGGACUUCAAGUGCUUUACAUGUUCGUUAUCGAAGUUCACUCGCCGCAACAUCCCCGAAGCACCCGUCGAGAAGCAACAUAUCUGGACACUGGACGAGCCCGAAAACAUUCCUUUCGUCGACUGGAAAGGUAAGGGUGUCAAGGGUGGCUGGGAUUGUCAAGUUAACGGUGACUGUUCCUUCCUGGAGAAGGGUGAAGAACGUGGCUGGAACUGGUGGUUCGAGCCUGGUCUUGACUACUUGGCACACAAGGUCACUGUUGCAACAUACGGUGCCGGCGGUGUCAACAUUGUCUAG